AGCGAUGGCUGGCGUAGCUAUCGCUGACCAGCCCGAUACUACAACACCCAUCAACCUACCCUGUAACCCAAAUGAUUCAGUGCAGUGCUCAACAGACCUGCAGGGUUUCAACGACGAAAAAGAUUACGGGUUUUUCUGCGGACCUGAUUGGACGAUUAUAUCAUGGACAAAUUCUGGAGCCGAUGAUGGAUCGAUGAUAUCCGCGUUGUUGUUCGAGAUGUUUGCUAGUGCACUUACUAGUAUACUGGUAACUGCAGAGGUCUAUUAUCCGGGCACGUACAUUCAGCAAAUACCAGACGUCGACCGGAGCGGCACGAUCGCGUUCAACGAAUUCUGUGGACUCUGGAAAUACAUCAAGGACUGGCAGAACGUAUUCCGCCACUUCGACAGAGACCGCUCCGGCACCAUCGACCGUAACGAGCUCCGCGAGGCCCUCCAUCAAUGCGGGUUCAACCUCAGCCCACCCCUAAUCGAACUCGUCCAAGUCAAAUACGAUAUCAAAGCUUCCAAUGUAGCUAGCCCCUACGGUCCUACUCCUGGUAUCACGUUCGAUCGCUUCGUUCGCGCUUGUGUGGUUAUCGUGUGGUUAUCAAGCAAUUGA